UUUACCAUUGUAGAACAUGGAUCAUGCCAAGAACCUACAAGAGAAAAACAAACUGGGGCUCAACACCCCUUGAAGCGCUGGAAAGAGCACCCAAUGAUGUCAAGGCUGGAAAGUCCAUCAGAUCAGUGGCAAAAGAGAGAAAUAUUGACAGGUCAACAUUGAGGAGAUACAUAAAGAAGAGGGAGGUAAAGGAAGUAAAAGCAGCAGGGUACAGUGGAACAGCAGAAGCAAGGAGAGUCUUUUCAGAGGAGAUGGAGAAGGACCUAGCAGACCAUAUCAAGCAGCUCGCAGACCAGUUCCAUGGCCUUAAACCAAAGAAAUGCCGGGAACUGUCAUUAGAAUUGGCAAUCAGAAACAACAUUCCUAUCCCCAGCAACUGGAGAGAGAAAGGUUUAGCCGGUAGGAAGUGUAAGAAACAACAUAACUCAGUAGGUUGACAUAGACCAAUUUAUCUUGUGUAGUUCAAUACAGUACCAUUUCCUUUUAAGGUAACGAUUGGUUUAGGAAUUUUAUGGCACGCCACCAUCUCUCCUUCUGAGCACGAGAGUUCCAGUGAUUAAAGAAGUGAACCAGAUGUCUCAGAUCUGGUAGUUGGUGACUUUGUCAUCGUAAAAUUUGCAUCCAAAUGCAGAAGCCACCAUUACAUUGGCUUCGUUGACAGCCUUGCAGGCAACGGAGUGCCAGAUUUCUGAGAAGAAUCCGAGGGAUCACUGGCAGUAAGAAACCCACCUUUGCAUUCAAGAAAAAUGAUGAGGCAUCUUUCCCACGGAGUGAUGUGCUGAAGAAGCUACCUCAACCUCAAAAGGUUGGAGGAACUGCAAGGAGGGAGCAACAGUUCAUGUUCCUCUGCAACCUUGACAGUUGGAAUAUUGAAUAGUUCUUUUGAUUAAAUGGUUUUGAAACUGACUGGUGGUUUGUUCUCAGAAGUUCAAAACUUUUCAAACUGUUUGUUAGCACAAUAUGCUCAUGUUUACAUUUUAAAACCUAUAGGGUCAGUUUACCCCAAGAUGGCUCAAUUUACCCACUUACUUGGUUCAACUUACCCCUAACCUGGGGCAAGUUGAGCCACAGGAGCAC